AUGUGUGCUAGGUGUGAAAUAAUUGGGAGUAAACCGUUCAAAUUAGUAGAAAAUAGAAUGUGGGGUCGGUUGUGGCCAAGACUUUUAAGACUUUUGGUGAUUCGUGAAGCCAAGGAGAAAGGCCAGGAUGAAGAACAAAGUUUUCACUGCACUAUUCUUGUUUUGCCCAAAGUCGAUUUAUUACAUAUCAAUGCUCGAGAUAACGGAAAACCAAAUCAAUUGCCACUAUUCUUGUAUUAUUUCCCCCAGUCCUUUCAAUUUGAAUCCUCGAUCGAAUUCAAUACUAGUCACGAUGUACAAUAA